AAAUUUUAUUAUUGCUAAGAAUUUAAAAAUUCUACAACUUUCAAAGAGAUAUUCAGGAAUUGUUGUUAGAACUGUUCAUCACAGUCCUUGUGUAUUUAAGAGGCAUGGAGAGCAGUAUUCUAGCUACUGUACUAUUCUGGCUUGGUUGCUAAUCAGGAAGCUGUUGGUCAUCUUUUUGAAUUCAUUAUACAGUACAUGCCAUCCUGGAAGCAGAGCCUUAUAUGUAGAGUUCAUGGGCAGUCCUAUUAUGGGAAACCAACUUGUUUUGAGGGAAGCCCAGCUGCCUGCUUCUGCGCAGGUCCUGGAAUUUGAAACAUCUAGGGACCUCUACGGAAUCCUGGCAUCAGUUACUACAUCGACUGACUCUUUGGGAGUUAGACUCACUCAUUUUCCCUUUACAGGAUUCAGACCUCAGAAGCAGUUCACUUCAUAGAUAAACUCCAAAGAAAACAGAGAGGACUUUAUUUAUUUUUUAGAAGGCUACUCUGGCUUCUCAGUAUUAUUGACUGGUCUAAGUCUGAAAAACCUACUGGAGCAAUAAAGCAGGGGACAUUUUCAUUAAGAUAUUCACUGUUGCCUUGAUAUUCUAUUUUUGCCCAAAUGAUUUGGUAUGAAGAAGUAGAAGAUUGUUAUGAAAGGGAGGAUGUUCAAAAGAAAACAUUCACAAAAUGGAUGAAUGCACAAUUUUCUAAGUUUGGAAAGCAACACAUUGAAGAUCUUUUCAGCGAUCUUCAGGAUGGAAGAAGACUCUUGGACCUCCUUGAAGGUCUUACAGGUCAAAAAUUGCCAAAAGAAAAAGGCUCCACAAGAGUUCACGCUCUGAACAAUGUCAACAAGGCACUGCAGGUCUUGCAGAAAAAUAAUGUUGAUUUAGUGAAUAUUGGAAGCACAGACAUAGUAGAUGGAAAUCAUAAACUGACUCUUGGUUUGAUCUGGAAUAUAAUUCUCCAUUGGCAGGUCAAAAAUGUAAUGAAAAAUAUCAUGGCUGGGUUGCAGCAAACAAACAGUGAAAAGAUCUUGCUGAGCUGGGUUCGCCAAUCAACUCGCCGCUAUCCACAAGUUAAAGUCAUCAACUUCACUACAAGCUGGUCAGAUGGACUGGCUUUUAAUGCACUCAUCCACAGUUACAGGCCUGAUCUCUUUGAUUGGGAUAGUGUGGUUUGCCAACAGUCAGCUCUACAACGACUAGACCAUGCAUUUAACAUAGCCAAAUAUCAUCUGGGUAUAGAGAAACUACUUGAUCCUGAAGAUGUCGCAACAGCCUAUCCAGAUAAGAAGUCUAUCUUAAUGUAUGUCACAUCACUCUUCCAAGUUCUUCCCCAACAAGUAAGCAUGGAAGCCAUUCAGGAAGUGGAAAUGUUGCCAAGGCCAUCCAGGGGUCUUCAAGGAGAACAUUUUCAGAUGCACCAUGAAAUGCACUAUUCUCAGCAGAUCACAGUCAGUUUAGCACAGGGCCAUGUGCGAACCUCUUCUUCUCUUCAACCUCGAUUCAAAAGCUAUGCCUACACCCAAGCUGCUUAUGUCACAUCCUCUGACCCAGGAAAGAGGGCAUUUUCUUCACAGCAUUUGGAAGUUUCUGAUGACAAAUCUUUGGGUGCUUCGUUGAUGGAGACUGAAGUCAACCUGGACAGCUACCAAACAGCUUUAGAAGAAGUGUUGUCAUGGCUUCUCUCUGCUGAAGAUGCAUUGCAAGCACAAGGUGAAAUUUCGAAAGAUGUAGAAGAAGUGAAAGAACAGUUUCAUACACAUGAGGGUUAUAUGAUGGAAUUAACAGCUCAUCAGGGACGAGUUGGCAAUGUUCUGCAAUUGGGAAGUCAAUUGAUCAGAGUUGGGAAACUCUCAGAAGAUGAAGAAAAUGAAGUCCAAGAACAAAUGAAUCUCCUCAAUUCUCGAUGGGAAUGCCUCAGGGUAGCCAGCAUGGAAAAACAAAGCAAUUUACACAAAGUUUUAAUGGAUCUUCAGAACCAGCAACUAACACAUUUAACUGACUGGUUAUCAGAAACAGAAGCCAGGACAAAGAAAAUGGAAGCAGAACCACUAGGUCCUGAUCUUGAAGACCUAAAGCGCCAAGUCCAACAACAUAAGGUGCUUCAAGAAGACUUAGAGCAAGAACAAGUUAGAGUCAAUUCUCUCACUCACAUGGUGGUAGUGGUGGAUGAAACAAGUGGCGACAAAGCAACUGCUGACCUGGAGAAAGAGUUGCAGGUUUUGGGAGACCGAUGGGCCAACAUAUGUAGAUGGACAGAAGAUCGUUGGGUUCUUCUACAAGAUAUCCUUCUCAAAUGGCAAAGAUUUACCAAAGAACAGUGCCUGUUUGAUGCGUGGCUAUCUGAAAAAGAAGCUGCAGUAAACAAUAUUCAUACCACCGGCUUUAAGGACCAGAAUGAAAUGCUAUCUAGUCUUCGGAAGCUGGCUGUUUUAAAAGGAGAACUAGAAGUGAAGAAGCAAACAAUGGAUAAGCUGUGUUCCCUCAGCCAGGAUCUACUUUCAUCCUUGAAAAACAAGACAGUAGCUCAAAAGAUGGAAGCAUGGCUAGAAAACUUUGCCCAGCGUUGGGAUAAUCUGAUCCAAAAACUUGAAAAGAGUUCUGUUCAGAUUUCACAGGCUGUCACCACCACUCAGACAUCUCUAACACAGACAACUGUAAUGGAAACUGUAACUAUGGUGACCACAAGGGAACAAAUCCUGGUAAAGCAUGCCAAAGAGGAGCCGCUACCACCACCUCCCCAAAAGAAGCGGCAGAUUGUUGUGGAUUCAGAAAUUAGGAAAAGGUUUGAUGCUGAUACAACUGAACUUCACAGCUGGAUGACUCGAUCAGAAGCUAUGCUGCAAAGCCCUGAAUUUGCAAUUUAUAGAAAAGAAGGCAACCUUUCAGAACUCAAAGAAAAAGUCAAUGCUAUAGAGCGAGAAAAGCCCGAGAAGUACAGAAAACUACAAGAUGCCAGCAGAUCAGCUCAGGCCCUGGUGGAACAGAUGGUGAAUGAAGGCGGCAAUGCAGACAGCAUCAAGCAAGCCUCUGAACAGCUGAACGGCCGAUGGACUGAGUUCUGUCAGUUGCUAAAUGAAAGACUUUCCUGGCUGGAGUAUCAGAACAACAUCAUUUCCUUCUACACUCAGCUACAGCAAUUGGAGCAGCAGACAACCGCUGCUGAAAACUGGGUGAAAGCACAAGCCACACCAGCUGCAGAACCUGCUGCAGUAAAAAUGCAGCUAAAAAACUGUAAGGAUGAAGUUGCUCGUCUUUCAACUCUUCAGCCUCAAGUUGAGCGAUUAAAAAUUCAAAGCAUAGCAUUGAAAGAAAAAGAGCAGGGUCCAAUGUUCCUGGAUGCAGACUUUGUUGCUUUUACUAACCAUUUUAAACAAGUCCUUUCUGAUCUACAGGCCAGAGAAAAGCAACUACAAACUACUUUGGACAGCUUACCUCCUACACAUUAUUUGGAAAUGGUGAAUACUAUACUUAUGUGUAUCCAGCAAUCAGAAACCAAACUCUCUAUACCUCAGGUGACAGUCACUGAAUAUGAAAUCAUGGAGCAGAGACUCAGGGAGUUAAAGGCUUUGCAAAGUUCUCUUCAGGAACAACAGCCAGGUCUGAAUCUGCUCACCACAACAGUGGAAGAAAUGUCAAAGACAGCCCCCCCAGAAAUUAAUAAAAAAUAUCAGUUAGAACUUGAAGGAAUACAGAUCCGCUGGAAGAAGUUAUCAUCUCAGCUGGUGGAACACUGCCAAAAGCUUGAGGAACAUAUGACUAAACUCCAACAAUUUCAGAAUGACAUAAAAACCCUGAAGAAAUGGAUGGCAGAAGUAGAUGUUUUCCUGAAGGAGGAAUGGCCAGCUCUUGGGGAUUCAGAAGCUCUGGAAAAACAACUAGAACAGUGCACAGUUUUAGUAAAUGACAUCCAGACAAUCCACCCAAGUUUAGUCAGUGUCAAUGAAGUUGGGCAGAAGAUACAGAAUGAAGCAGAGCCACAGUUUGCUUCCAAAGUCAAAACAGAAUUAAAAGAACUUAAUGCUCAGUGGGAUCAUAUCUGCCAACAGGCACGUGCUAAAAAGGAAGCCCUGAAAGGAGGUUUGGAUAAGACUGUAAGCCUUCGAAAAGACCUGUCCGAGAUGCAUGAAUGGAUAACACAGGCAGAAGAAGAAUACUUGGAAAGGGAUUUUGAAUAUAAAACACCAGAAGAGCUCCAAAAGGCAGUUGAUGAACUAAAGAGUGCUAAGGAGGAGGCCCAGCAGAAAGAAGUCAAAGUAAAACUCCUCACAGACUCUAUGAAUAAUUUCAUAGCACGCGCUCCACCUGUCGCACAUGAUGCCUUAAAAAAGGAACUUGACACCCUAAUUACCAACUACCAACGACUCUGCAGUAGACUUAAUGGAAAAUGCAAGACUUUGGAGGAGGUCUGGGCAUGCUGGUGUGAAUUACUCUCAUAUUUGGAGGCUGAAAAUAAGUGGUUAAAUGAGGUGGAAAUUAAACUUAAAGCUACUGAAAACAUCCCAGGUGGAGCUGAGGAAAUUUCAGAAGUUCUCGAUUCACUUGAAAGAUUAAUGCGGCAUCCAGAUGAUAAUCGAAAUCAGAUUCGAGAACUGGCACAAACAUUAACAGAUGGUGGAGUCCUAGAUGAACUAAUCAAUGAGAAACUUGAAAAAUUUAAUUCUCGUUGGGAAGAACUUCAUCAAGAGGCUGUGAGGAGGCAGAAGUUUCUGGAACAAAGCAUCCAGUCUGCCCAGGAGAUUGACAAAACCCUUCGUCUGAUUCAAGAGUCGCUGGCAUUCAUUGAUAGACAGUUAUCUGCCUAUAUAACAGACAGAGUAGAUGCAGCCCAAGUUCCCCAAGAAGCACAGAAAAUCCAAUCUGAUUUGACAAGCCAUGAGAUUAGCUUAGAAGAAAUGAAGAAACGUAAUCAAGGAAAGGAUACUGCCAAGCGUGUUCUCACCCAGAUUGAGGUAGCACAGAAAAAAUUGCAAGAUGUUUCUAUGAAGUUCCGGUUAUUCCAAAAACCAGCCAAUUUUGAGCAGCGUCUAGAGGAAAGUAAGAGAGUGUUAGAUGAAGUGAAAACACAAUUUCCUAUAUUGGAAAUGAAGAGUAUUGAGCAAGAAGUACUGCAGUCACAGCUGGAUCAUUGCAUGAAAUUAUACAAAAGCCUUAGUGAAGUGAAGUCUGAGGUGGAAAAUGUGAUAAAAACUGGUCGACAGAUUGUACAGAAACAGCAGACUGAAAAUCCCAAAGAACUCGAUGAACGCCUGACUGCUUUGAAGUUGCAUUAUAAUGAGUUGGGUGCGAAGGUAACAGAAAAGAAGCAACAGUUUGAGAAAUGUUUGAAAUUGUCGAGGAAGUUGCGGAAGGAAAUGAAUGCCUUAACCGAGUGGCUGGCAGCUACAGAUACAGAACUGACAAAGAGAUCAGCAGUUGAAGGAAUGCCUGCUAAUUUGGAUGCUGAGAUUGCUUGGGGAAAGGCUACUCAGAAAGAGAUCGAAAAAAGACAACCUCAGCUAAAGAUCAUCACUGAUUUAGGAACAUCACUAAAGACAGUACUGGGCAAAAAGGAAAAUCUGGUGGAUGAUAAACUCAGCCUUUUGAAGAGUAACUGGAUUGCAGUAACGUCUCGAGCAGAAGAAUGGUUGAAUCUAUUGUUGGAAUACCAGAAACACAUGGAAACAUUUGAUGAAAAUGUAACUCACAUCACAGCCUGGAUCUCUCAUGCUGAAAUAUUAUUAGAUGAAUCAGAGAAAAAGAAAACUCAGCAAAAAGAAGAUGUACUUAAGUGCUUAAAGGCUGAACUGAAUGAUAUGCGUCCAAAGGUGGACUCUACGCAUGACCAGGCUAUAAACUUGAUGACAAAUCGUGGCGAUCACUGCAGGAAAGUAAUAGAGCCCAAACUGUCAGAGCUCAACCAUCGAUUUGCAGCUAUUUCUCAAAGAAUUAAGACUGGAAAGGCCUCCAUUCCUUUGAAGGAAUUGGAGCAGUUUAACUCAGAUAUACAAAAAUUGCUUGAACCACUGGAGGCUGAAAUUCAGCAGGGGGUGAAUCUGAAAGAGGAAGACUUCAAUAAAGAUAUGAGUGAAGACAAUGAGGGUACUGUAAAAGAGUUGUUGCAAAGAGGAGACACCUUACAACAAAGAAUCACAGAUGAGAGAAAGCGAGAGGAAAUAAAGAUAAAACAGCAGCUGUUACAGACAAAACAUAAUGCUCUCAAGGAUUUGAGGUCUCAGAGAAGAAAAAAGGCUCUAGAAAUUUCUCAUCAGUGGUAUCAGUACAAGAGACAGGCUGAUGAUCUACUGAAAUGCUUGGAUGACAUUGAGAAAAAAUUAGCCAGUCUACCAGAACCCAAAGAUGAAUGGAAACUAAAGGAGAUUGAUCGUGAGUUGCAGAAGAAGACAGAAGAGCUGAAUGCGGUGCACAGACAAGCUGAGAGCUUGUCUAAGGAUGGGGCCUCAAAGGCUGUGGAGCCAACCCUGAUCCAGCUCAACAAGCGCUGGCGAGAAAUUGAGAGCAAAUUUGCUCAAUUUCGAAGACUCAACUAUGCACAAAUUCAAACUGUUCGUGAAGAAACAACGAUGGUGAUGACGGAAGGUUUGCCUUUGGAAACCUUAUAUGUGCCUUCUACUUAUCUUGCUGAGAUUCAUCGGGUCACACAAAAUAUAUCUGAAGCAGAAUUUCUUCUCAAUACCCCCGACCUCUGUGCUAAAGACUUUGAAGACCUCUUCAAGCAAGAGGAAUGUCUGAAGAAGGUAAAGGACAACCUGCAAAGGAUUUCCAAUCAGGUUGAGGUCAUUCACAAUAAGAAGACAACAGCUUUACAAAAUGCUACACCCAUGGAAGCUACUAAGAUAAAAGAAGCUCUAACUCAGCUCAAUUCCCAGUGGGAGAAAGUUAACAAUAUAUAUAAAGAUCGACAAGGGAGAUUUGACAGAUCGGUGGAAAAAUGGCGACGUUUUCAUUAUGAUAUGAAGAUAUUUAAUCAAUGGUUAACAGAAGCAGAACAGUUUCUGGAUAAGACUAAGCAUCCUGAUAACUUAGACCAUGCUAAAUAUAGAUGGUACCUUAAGGAGCUCCAGGAUGGCAUCAAUCGUCAGCAAACUGUUGUCAAGGAAUUAACCGUAACUGGAGAAGAGAUCAUUGGUCAGUCCUCAAAAGGAGAUGCAAGUAUUUUAGAGGAUAAACUGGAUUACCUGAAUGUUCGGUGGCAGGAGGUCUGCAGACAGUUGGCAGAGAGAAAAAAGAGGUUAGAAGAACAAAAGAAUAUUUUGUCAGAAUUUGAAGGUGAUUUAAAUGAAUUCAUUUUAUGGUUAAAGGAAGCAGAAAGCAUUGUCAAUACCCCUCUUGAACCAGGAAAUGAACAGCAACUAAAGAAUACACUGGAAAAAGUUAAGUUACGAGUGGAAGAAUUGCCUGGACGCCAGGGAAUACUGAAACAAUUAAAUGAAACUGGAGGAAAAGCUCUUAUAAGUGAAACCAUAAACCCAGAAGAGCUAGAUAAACUGGAGAACAGGCGCAAAGAGGCAAACCUUCAAUGGAUAAAGAUUUCUAAAGAUUUACCUGAAAAACAAAAAGAAAUUGAAGUCCUAUUAAAGAAUUUUGUGCAAUUUGAAGAAGAAUUGCAUCAUUUGACACUGUGGUUGAUCCCAAUUAAGAGUCAAUUGGAAUUUUAUAACCAAGCAAAUCAAACAGGUCCCUUUGAUAUUAAGGAAAUUGAAGCAACAGUUCAAGCUAAACAGCCGGAUGUGGAAGGAAUUUUGUCUAAAGGGUGGCAUUUAUACAAGGAAAAAUCAGUCACUGAGCCAGUAAAGAGAAAAUUAGAAGACUUGAGCACUGACUGGAAGGCAGUAAAUCAUUUACUUGAAGAGGUAAAGGGAAAGCCAAAAGGAUUAGCAUCUGGACCUACUGUUCCUGGUGUCUCUCCUGGUCAAACUGUUACUGUGGUUACGCAAACUCUGGUUACUAAGGAAACUACCAUCUCCAAACUAGAAAUGCCAUCUUCCUUGCUGUUGGAGGUACCAGCCUUAGCUGACUUCAACAAGGCGUGGACAGAGCUCACUGACUGGCUUUCCUUGCUGGAUCGUGUGAUAAAAACUCAGAGGGUGAUGGUGGGUGAUCUUGAAGACAUCAAUGACAUGAUCAUCAAACAAAAGGCAACACUGCAGGAUUUGGAGCAGCGGCGCCCCCAACUGGAAGAACUGAUUACUGCGGCACAGAAUCUGAAAAACAAGACCGGCAACCAAGAGGCCAGAACAAUCAUUACUGAUCGCAUUGAAAAAAUACAGAGUCAAUGGGAUGAAGUCCAAGAACAUCUUCAGAGGAGGAGACAGCAACUGAAUGAAAUGCUGAAAGAUUCUGCCCAAUGGUUAGAAGCCAAAAAAGAAGCUGAAUGGACUCUAGAAAAAGCAAAAACCAAGCUAGAGUCAUGGAAGGAGAUUCCCUAUACGAUGGAAGGAAUCAGAAAACAGUCUACAGAAACUAAGCAAUUGGCAAAAGAUCUUCGCCAAUGGCAGAUAAAUGUGGAUGUGGCUAAUGAUUUAGCAAGAAAACUUCUCCGGGAUUAUUCAACAGAUGACACCAGAAAAGUUCAAAUGAUAACAGAUAACAUUAAUGCCACUUGGGCUGACAUUAAUAAAAGGGUUAAUGAGAGAGAAGCUGCUCUGGAAGCAGCCCAUCGGCUGCUACAACAGUUCCCCCUGGAUCUGGAAAAGUUCCUUGCCUGGCUCACUGAGGCAGAGACUACAGCCAAUGUCCUGCAGGAUGCCACCCACAAGGAGAGAAUACUGGAGGACACCAAGGGAGUUCGAGAGCUCAUGAAACAGUGGCAGGAUCUCCAGGGAGAAAUUGAAGCUCAUACUGAUAUCUUCCACAACCUGGAUGAAAAUGGCCAGAAAAUUCUGAAAUCCUUAGAAGGUUCUGAUGAUGCUGUCUUACUGAAAAGACGCUUGGAUAACAUGAACUUCAAGUGGAGUGAGCUGAGGAAAAAGUCUCUCAACAUUAGAUCUCAUCUAGAAGUGAGCUCAGACCAGUGGAAGCGUCUGCAUCUCUCUCUUCAAGAACUUUUGGUGUGGCUUCAACUUAAAGACGACGAGCUAAGCCGGCAGGCACCUAUUGGAGGCGAUUAUCCUGCCGUCCAGCAGCAGAAUGAUAUACACAGGGCCUUCAAGAGGGAGUUGAAAACCAAAGAACCUGUAAUCACAAGUACACUUGAGACUGUGAGAAUCUUUCUUUCAGAGAAACCUUUGGAGGAACUUGAGAAGCAUUACCAAGAGCCCAGAGAGCUGCCUCCCGAGGAGAGGGCCCACAAUGUCACAAGACUCCUGAGAAAGCAAGCUGAUGAGGUCAACAGCGAAUGGGAAAAAUUGAACCUGCACUCUGUUGAUUGGCAGAAGAAGAUAGAUGAGGCCCUAGGAAGACUACAGGACCUUCAGGAAGCAAUGGAUGAAUUGGACCUGAAAUUACGUCAGGCUGAAGUGAUGAGGGGCUCUUGGCAGCCAGUGGGAGAUCUACUCAUUGACUCUCUGCAAGAGCACCUAGAGAAAGUCAAGGCACUCCGAGGAGAAAUCGCCCCUCUUGAGGAAAAUAUAAACCAUGUUAAUGGCCUUGCCCGGCAGCUCACGACGUCUGGCAUUCAGCUUUCCCCAUAUAACCUCAACAGUCUGGAAGACCUAAACACCAGGUGGAAACUUCUACUGGUGGCCAUUGAUGAGCGCAUCAGGCAGUUGCAUGAAGCCCACAGGGACUUUGGCCCCACAUCCCAGCACUUCCUUUCCACUUCUGUCCAGGGUCCAUGGGAGAGAGCAAUCUCACCAAACAAAGUGCCAUACUACAUCAAAUAAUGAAACAAAGACAGGCAGAGGUUAAAUGUUUUGCCAUGAGUAAGGAUCUGAGGCUGCAUUUGAACUGAGACUUCCUGACUCCAGGACCAGAUUCUAUCCACUGCACCACCUAGCUGCUUCCGUGGAAAUCAAGAGAAGUAAUACCAUCUAAGAAGAGGGAUCUAAAAGAUACUUAGCCCUUGAAGAGAAUGAUUAGAGAGAAAGAAAGUAAAUAUGAGUAAAACUAAGUCCCUCAAGGAAUUUAUAAUCCAAUAAAAAAGAUAAAACAUAGUAUAAACUUGGAAAAGUCAAUUAAUCUUUCUGGCCUCCAUUUUCUCACCUAUAAAAUGAGGAUACUGGACAAAUCACUGAUUCUCAAACUUUUUAGUCUUGGGAUUCCUUUGCAUUCUUAAAAAUAGUUGAGGACCUCCUAAAGAGUUUUUGUUUAUAUGGGUUGGGUCUAUAAUUUUUGUAGUAUCAGAAAUUAAACAUCUUAAAAUUAUCAUGGAAACCAUUUUAACCUCGUGAACCCUUUGUAAGGAUGUUAGAGAUCUCCAGGGAUCCCAGGACAACACUCUGAGAACUGAGUGACUAGAUGAUCACUAAAGUGACUAGAUGAUCACUUCCGACUUUCAAUCUGGCAUCUCAUGAUCCUAGGAACAAUAAGAGAUACCAACUGUUAAAUAGCACUCAAAGAAGAAAAAGAUUACCUAACAGCUAAUAUAUGUAGAGAAAGAGAGAAACUUCAGAAAGAAGGGGGUAUUUGAAGAAUGAAUGGGAUUUCUUCUUUGCAGUUUUUCCUUUUUGUUAAGAACCUAAUAAUCAUUACUACAAACAUCCCAAUAUACAAAGAAGAACAAGGUAAGAUUUUAGGAAGCAAAGAAUUUAGGAUUCAAAGUGGAAUGCUCCAGGAGAAAGAAUUGCAUAAGCAAAAGUAGUAAGGUAUAGGAUACAUUCUAGAAAUGAUAAAUAGUACAGUUUGGCUACAGUAUAGCUUAAGAGAAUGGGAAUAGUGGAGGAAAGGUUAAUUGAGGCCAGAUUUUGGAGUGCCCUGAAUGUCAGACAAGUUUGAAUUAAUUAAGUGUUGGGAUCUAUUCCUCAAUAAAUGAUCAAAAGAUAUAAACAGUAUUCAAAAUAAAUGCAAGUCAUUAAUGGAUAGAUGAAAAAGUAUUCAAAACCUCUACUAAUCAAAUGAAAUAGAAAAUAAGUCAGGCACUACCCUACAACCACCAAAUUAUUAAAGAAUGUUACAUAAAAUUAAUUGUUGGCAAGACAAUAGAAAAGAUAUGCACAUUUAUUUAGCUGAAGAUAGAAUUUAGAAAUGUGGCAAUUUUUUGAAAUUCAAUAUUGAAUUAUAUCAGAAGAACUAGUUUUUUUCUUUGUGUCUCCAGAGUAUAGCAUAGCCCUUUCCAUACAGUAGGUGUUUAACAGACAUCUGUAGAAUUGAAAUGUGGAAUGGAUUCAAGGCCUUGAAAUAUUCAACUUGACAAUUCAAUCAUGGAUUGGAGAAGGAACAUCAAGGAAAUUAAUUAGGACGCUGCUUAAAUAAUCCAGAGGAGAGAGGUUGAGUUGAGGAAAUUAUAAUGGAAAUGGAAAACAAUGCAUAAAAGAAAAAUAGUGUAUCAAGAAUCGCCAGGAUUUGUGACUGAUUGGGCAUAGGAAACAAAGGAGUCAAAGAUGAAUCAGAAGGUUCAAGGUUGGUAGAGAAUAAUGAUAAAAACAGUCAAAGUGGGGGAGGGAAAGGAACAACCUUGGGUAAUAGCCUCACUUAGGUAUAUCUGGAAGAAGCAAAAAGAAUGAAGGAAACAUAUAGAGUAGACUAAGAGGGAAAUAAACAGGAUUGGCAUGAUGUCAUAGAAAUCACCAGAAGGAAGAGUUCUGAGCAUAUGGAACAUCACCUACAGUUUCAAAUGUUGAAGGCAAGGAAGAGUAAGAACUCAGAAAAAGUCAAAAUGUAAGUAAUAUUAAUCAGUUAAAGAUGAUCUAGCAAUAUUGAAACAGUACAGGGCAUGUCAGACUUAGGCAAACUACGAAUCUAAUCUCAUUAAGCCCUAAUUAAUCACUCUGGAGGUAGCAUGGUAGCCAAAGAUAUGAUUUUGAAGUUGAACUUAGCUACUUCUACUAUUGUAUAAGGGAAUGACAAUUUAUCCAUUUCCAUGUAAAAACUUUCCUUUUCUUAUAGCUUGAGAGAAGGAAGUACAUAAAGUUACUUAGUUCCCUUACUCUUUCCCUCAUUUCCCACAAGCUGUAUAUUAUUGUACCCAAGAAUAUAGGCACAACUAAGAGGGUAGAGCACUAUACCGGGAGUCAUGAAAACCCAAGUUCAAGUCUGGCUUCUGAUACCUACUGCCUGUGUUUGACCCUAGGCACUCUAGUCACUUAAACCUGUUUGCCUCAGUUUAUUCACCUGUAAAAUUAGCUGGUAAAGGAAAUGACAAACCACUUCAGUAUUUUUAACAAGAAAAUACCAAAUGGGAUCAUAAAGAGUUGGAUACAACUGAACAACAACAAUAAAGAGGAGGCAACACUUAGGUAACCAUUGUUCAUAUUCUUCUCCCAGUUACUAUGUUUUACAAUCUGAUUAUUCAGUCUGGGUGAGAGGUUCUUAAAUUGGUAUACACCAUCUACUGGAUCUGUGAAUUUAGAUGGGAAAAAAAUUUACAUCCUCAUUUUUACUAACUUCUAACUGAAAUUAAUAUUUCCUUCAAUUAUAAAUGUAGGUCACAAACAUGAUUAUGGAAUCAUGUCUUAAACACACAAAAAAGGUUAAGAACUCUCAACCUAGUGUAAGGGGGUCAAAUUUAGGGGUUAUUGACUGAAUGUAUUAUACUAGUGGUCGCCAGGGAUUAAUUCAAUCCCAAUAAAAUACUCAAAUCAGUUUGAGAAUUUUAUGGUGGUUUAAUUACAAUAGAGGGAAGAAAUUAAGAAGAAGAGAGAGACAAAAGAGAUUUUAAACUGAUCCAGCCCAGGCUGAUCCAGGCAGGAGUUCAGAUUCCUUGGCCAAGGGGCUUUCUUAAAUUCUUAUUUUCUUAUUUGUCACUUGCUAGCACAUGUCUGUCAUAGGUCAUCCUCCUCAACACUUAAUUCUUAAGUAGGAGUGUAUACAUUCCUGGUUGCUAGAUUUUAAAGACUAAUUAGGGUGGAGAUAAUCACACUAGACAAGCCUAAAAAAUACCCUGACCUUUCUGAUAUAUAAUUUCUAUACCUAUCCAUAUAUACACAUUUAUUUUGAGGCAUAUAAUCUGAAGGUGCUUGUAGAAAGAGAGAUUAGAGCUGAAUCUUGAAGGAAGCCAGGAGGUAAAUAUGAAGAACUAGUAAGAAGAUAUAGGGUCAGAAAAUGGAGCAAUAAGAAGAGACAGAAGGCCAGAGUCACUGGACCACAGAGUAUGUUCAGGGGAGCAAAAUUUAAGAAGAUUGGAAAGGUAUAAAGGAGUCAGAUUAUGAAGGACUUUAAAAGCCAAACAAAGGAUGUCAUAUUUUAUCCUAGAAGAGACAAGGAACCACUGAAAUUUGAGUGAUACAGUAAUGCUUGUGUUUUAGAAUAAUCAUUUUGGAAGCUGAGUAGAGGAUCAAGUGGGAAGAGACUCGAGGUCAGAAGAUCAACCAAAAGGCUAUUACUACAGUAGUCCAGAUGUGAGAUGAUAAGGGUCCAUGCCAGGGCAGCAGCAGGACAUAAACAACAAACUUGGCAACAGAUUGGAUAUGGAGAGUAAGAUAAAAGUGAGCAAGGUCAUUUAGGUUGCAAGUCUGGGUGACCAAGAAGAUGGGAAUUUCAAAAGAGAUGUGGGUUUUGAGAGGAAAGAUAAUAGUUGUGUAUGAGGCAUAAUGUGUUUAAGAAGUCCAUAAGACAUCUGUUUGAGAUUUCUAAUAGACAAUUGCAGAUGUGAAACUGGAGAUUAGAAAAGAGGUUAGUUCUAGAAAUAAAGAUCUGAGAAUCAUCUGCAUAGGAAUAAUAAUACAAUCUGUGGGAGUUGAUAAAAUCACCAAUAAAACUAUAGAGAGAAAAAAGUAGAGAAUCCAGGAGAGAAUUCAUCAUUAGCAAAUAUGAGAGCUACUUAUCUUUGAUUAAAUAGAUAUCCAAAAUAUACACAAAACAAUUUAUCUCAUUAAAAUUUCAAUGUAGUUAUUUUCAUUAAAAUAUACAUUAACAUAUGAUGGUCUCAUUUUUAAAUGAAUUUAUACAUGAAUGCUUUAAAAUUUUGUCCAUUUAGAUUUCUAAUAUGGCAAAUAUUGAUAGCUAUAACUAGUAAUGUGCCAAAUCUCUAGGAAAAAAAAUAUUUACAACACACUUUUAAGCUUGAUCUUCAUUUUUGAUAUCUUCCUCAUCACUUUCUAAGUCUAGAAAAAACUCAACAAAAAAGUCAACAAAAAAAUAAAUUAAGCUCUGAUUUGUAGAAUUUUCUGAUUUCCAGAAACGAAAUCCUAAAGAUCUCUGACUUAGAAAAACACAUAGUAGCAUUACUUUUGUUUUAUUGCAUUUUUAACAAUUACAUUUUAAUUUUGUUUGAAUCACCCUCAGGACUACUGUGAAAAGUAUAUUUGACACCUUUGGUGUAAAGUUGAGCUGAUUCACAAAGAGUUUAAAAAUAGGAGAGCGUGGAGAUUAUUGUGAACAGAGUGAAGACCUCACAAAGAAUUGAGGGGUGGAGGGUGAAAGUCUCCAGGGGGAUGAAUUAUAAAGUCAAUAGUUGAAAGGCAGAGGGAAAGAUAGAAUGAUAAAAAAUUAUGAUCAGAAAAGGGAAUUUCAGAGUUUAUGAACAUGAAAAUUGAACACUUGUGGGAGAUGACAAUCAUAAAAGUGAUGAUCUCUGAUCAUCAGAGGAGGAUCCUUUGAGAAGUGUAGGAGCAGCUCAUGGAAAAUGAAUGAACUGAGAAACUGGGAAAUUAGAGUGAGACAUUCAUAUAGACGUGAGAACAUUAAAUAAAUUAAAGAAAAAUUGGAAAUACUAAGAUAAUUAUAAGAUCAAAUUUUCAAAGGACUUGGUGAAAUUUUUAAUUAUACACAAAAUGAAAAUGUUCAAAAAGAGAAAAUAUAUUGAAAUGAUUAAGAUAAACAACAUAUAAAAUUGAAAACUCAAAAACAGUGCCUACAGAAGAACUAAAAGCAAGUUCAUAUGUAAUACAUAAUUGCAGGCAGUGCAAAGAAGUUAGAAAAGCCAGCUCAAUAAUCAUUGAAUAAUCCAAAUUAUGAGAAAACAUAAAUCCAAAUAAGAGUCCUGAAUAAAUAAAUUACGUCACAGCAAUUACAGGAUUACUGACAUCUUAAAUCACUUAGAAAAAAAAAUAAAAGGAUCUAGACAUUAUUUCAAUAAAGAAAAUUCCUCAGAUUUGGUGACAAUGAUCAGUAAGAUAUAAAUGGAGAGAAUCAACAGGAUACUGCCAAGAAAGGACCCAAGAUUUGAGUCUCACAGGAAUAACUAUAAAACUACAACAGCAUAAUUAAAAGGAAAAAUACUACAAGCUACCAGAAGUGCAGAAAUCACUUACCAUCGGACAUUAAGACUCAAAUCAGAAUUUUCAAAGAGACUGGAGAGAAUAGAAAUAGAAUUACAAUAGUUAUAAAAUUAGAAAUAUGGAACUUUGGCUAGAAUUAUCUAUAGAUAGAAACUUAAAAUAUUCUAUGAAGGCAAAAUAUAGCAAACAUUUUUAAGAGUUUAUGGGAAAAUAUGUCCAAGUUUUUUUCAUAGUUUAACACUCAAAAAGAUAAUCAAGAUAAAAGUUACUUUUUUUUAAAUGGGAGCACCCUCCUAAGCAUAGUUUUAGAAAAGUAUUUAAGAGAAACUGAGAGAUGGACAUAAAAGGGAAAAACAAAAGAAAAUUCAGAAACAUAGUCCCAAUGAAGUUCUAAUCUUUAGUGAAAGGGAAGGGAAGAGUAAGAUAGUCCUAAAUUGAAGUUCCUACCUUUUAAAAAGAAGUCAAGGGGGCACUUGGGUAGCUCAGUGGGUUGAGUCAGGUCUAGGUUCAAAUCUGGCCUCAGACACUUCUCAGCUGUGUGACCCUGGGCAAGUCACUUGACCCUCAUUGCCUAGCCCUUACUACUCUUCUGCCUUGGAGCCAAUACACAGUAUUGACUCCAAGAUGGAAGGUAAGGGUUUUAAAAAAUAAUAAUAAUAAAAUAAAUAAAAAAUAAAAAGAAGUCAAAAUUAGAAUGACAGCAAAUUGUUUGGUGUGUUUGUUAAAUUUGGAUUAGUAAUAUAAAUAAUGACUCAGAAAGCUUAUAUUCCUUUCAGAUAGAAUGCCUUAAAAAAAACAAAUAGCAAUUUUAAUACUGUUUACAAAUGGACUUCUCUGAAAAAAAAAAUUUUAAACCAUAUAAUCAAUCAGAAAGUAGACUGCUAUUUCCAUUAAACUCAUUAAUCCAGAAAAUCAAAGUAGUUUAAAAAAUGAAAAGUUGCUCUAAAAUUUACUAUACUAUUACCAAAGCACAAGAAAAUGGAACAGGCACUAAUAAUACUGGACAAAACUAAAUUUAAACAAAACAUAAAAAAUAAAGAGCACAUUUUUGUAAGAGUAGUCUAUGCAAAAUAGAAUAUAUCUUUUAAAAUGAAUAUACACUUUAAAAUCCUGCAUCAAACUUCAUUUAAAAAUAUUUCUUAAUGAACAAAAAUCUCUUUUCUCUCUCUCCCACUCCACCCCUUUAAGAAAAAGAAAAGGAAAAGAAAACUCUGGUAACAAAUAUACAUACUCAAGCAAAACAAAUUCCCAUAUUGGUCAUGCCCCCCCAAAAUAUAUGUCUCAUUCUACACCCUGAAUCCAUCAUCUUUCUCAUGAGGAGGAUAGUAUAUUUAAUCACUAGUCUUCUAGAAUUGUGUUUUGUUAUUACAUUGAUUACAAUUCUUAAAUCUUUCCAAGUUGUUUGUUUUUAUAAUGCUGUUAUUUUUUAAAUUAUGCUUGUGGUUCUGUUCACAUCACUCUAUAUCAGUUAAUGCAAAAUAUUUCCAGAUCUCUCUUAAACUGUACCUUUUAUUAUUUCUGAUAGCACAUUCACAUGCUAUAUAAUUAGUUCAACUAUUCCUCAAUUAAUGAACAUUCUCUUAGUUUCCUGUUCUUUCCCACCACAAAAAAAGCUGUUAUUCAUAUUUUCGUACAUGUGAACCUUUUCCAUUUUUCCUUUAAUCUCUUGUAGAUAUAAGUUCAGCGAUGUAUUAUCCUAGGCCAAAGGGAAUGCAUGAUUUAGAACCUUUUGGGGGAUGAAUUCUAAAUUGCUUAACAGAAUGGCUGGACCAAUCCACAACUCUACCACCGGUGAAUUAAUAUGCCUUUUUUUUCCACCACAACCCCUUCAACAUGCCAUUUUCCCUUUUUGUUAACUUUGCUGUUCUGAUGGAUGUGACCUAGAAUCUUGAGAGUCACCUUAAUUCAUGUUUCUCUAAUUAUUAGUGAUUUGAAGCAUUUAUAACUAUUGCUGGAUUUUUUUUCAUUAGAAAACUUUUUGUUCAUAUUUUUUGCCUGUUUGUUAUUAGGGAAUGAUAUUUAUUCUUUAAAAUUUAAAUAAAUUCCUUAUAAAUCUUUGAAAUUAGAUCUUCCUCAGAGAAAUCUAUCUAUCUAUCUAUCUAUCUAUCUAUCUAUCUAUCUAUCUAUCUAUCUAAUGCAAGCUUUAUAAUUUAUUUAUUUAUUUAGAAUAUUUUUCCAUGAUUACAUGAUUUAUGAUCCCCUCCUUUCCUUCCCCCACCUCCGGGAACUGACAAGAAAUUCCAUUGAGUUAUAUAUGUAUCAUUGUUCAAAACAUAUUUCCAUGUUAUUCAUAUUUGCAGUAGAGUGAUCUUUUAAUGCCAAAACCCUAAUCAUAUCCCCAUCGAACCAUGUGAUUGAUCUUAUGUUUUUCUUCUGUGUUUUUACUCUCACAGUUCUUUCUCUAGAUGUGGGUAGCAUUCUUUCUCAUGAGUUCCUCUGGAUUGUCCUAGAUCAUUUCAUUGCAGUCGAUUGUGCCACAGUGUAUCUGUAUCUGUGUACAAUGUUCUGGUUCUGCUCCUUUUGCUCUUCAUCAAUUCCUGGAGGUUUUUCCAGUCCCCAUGGAAUUCCUCCAGUUCAUUAUUCCUUUUAGCAUAAUAGUAUUUCAUCACCAGCAGAUAUCACAAUUUGUUCAGCCAUUCCCGAAUUGAAGGGCAUCCCUUCAUUUUCCAAUUUUUUUGGCCCCAUAAAAGAGUGCAGCUAUGAAUAUUCUUGUGCAAGUCUUUUCCCUUAUUAUCUCUUUGGGGUACAAACCCAGCAGUGCUAUGGCUGGAUCAAAGGGCAGACAGUCUUUUAGCGCCCUUUGGGCAUAAUUCCAAAUUGCCCUCCAGAAUGGUUAGAUUUAAUGCAAGCUUUAUAAAGAAAACUCUUACAACCUUGCAGGAAUACUCUGAUACUUCUAGAUACCUGUGAUCUCAAUGAUAUGGGUUCUUCUUCUGAUGAUGAAGAAGAACAUAGCUCAUCAUGCCUUCUUUACCUGUUCAACUCUUCUCCAUAACCUCAUGUAUUUGAAGCCCCAAGCUAAUAUAAUAUAAACCAUGAAGAAACAUUAGAAGCUGAAAACUAUCCCUUUACAAACAGAAAUUGAAUAAGGACAUAUGCUUUUCUAAAUCCUAUUUCAUAUGGUUUUAUAAAUCUAUGAGUACCCCAUCUAAGCUCAAACUCUUUCUUCAACUCAUACUCUUAUAAGUCAUGGUGUCCCAGAGUGGCAACUGACAUUCUAGGGUAACCCUUAUGGGUGGCUCUAAAACUAACACUGUCUCUCCUGAGCCCUCACAAGUAUGUUUUCCAUAAAUAAUUACUCUCAUUGGACUAUAUUUAUAUGCAUAUUAACAAAAUUAAAUCUCAUUUGAUUCUGAGAAUAAUAGUAAACAUAAAAAUAUAUACAUUUUGCCUAGGACUGUCAGCACCAAAAUCACUUCAAACCCUUAAAAUAAUUGUAAUUGAUUCUUCAGUUGUCUGAAAACAUAGUAUUACUCUAUUUAGUCUCUCAAGAAAUUAAAUCUCUUCUCUUAAAUCCUUCAUAAGUUGCAGUUGCAAACAGCUUCCUCAUAAAGGAACUCUUUGUCUCUUUCUUUCCUGUGUCUUCUUCAGCUUUUCUCUGGCAGUGACAGGAAAUAUCUUUCCAGCUCUCAAACUAAUACUUUUAAUAUUCCCUCUGCAAUUUUCUUCAUAGAUAAAAG